ACAAAAGACAAAACUUUUUGGAUUUUAGAACACAAGAGAGAAGAGAAACCUAGACAGGUCUGUGUAAGAUGGAGAUUUGUUCAAAUGAAUAAUACAUACAUCCAACAAUCCCUGAGCUAAGCCCAAGCCAUUGCUCUCCUCACUUUCCCCAAAUAGCCUUUCUCUUUAAUUUCUCGGAAAGUUUUCAAAUUUUGUUUCUCUGCUUCUCUUUCCGUAGCGGAGAAAAGGUUUGAUUUUUGUGCGAAAGUUUUUGUCUUUGUGGGAAACUUGAGGAAUUCGUGUUUAUCUAUAUCAUGGGGUUUUGCCCGUUUAUGUGAUAAAUAGAAUAGAUCAAACCCUUGUUGCUCGGCUAGGGUUUAAGUGGCAUCAACUGUGUAUUGCUUCUUCAUCCUUCACCGGUCAUGGCUGCUAAAUUAGUGUCCUCCUCGGCUUCUUCUGUGAUUCCUUCCUUUUUCUCACCUUUUCAACCUCGCAAUUCCUUUCAGUUUCCUUCAUCAAGGCAUCAACCUGCUCAUCUCCAUUAUUACCAUCCUCUGCACCUUAAACGUGAUCAAAUUAGUUCUCUUCACCUUUCCUUCAGAGACCAAAAACCAAGAGAAAUCUCCCAAAAGAGAGCUUAUUUGCCUCUUGCUACUGCAGAAGACCAGUUCCAAUACACUGACCAACCACCCGACGAUCUAGAAACAGUAGGUCACCAAACUGGUCCUGAAGCUCCGCCUCAAGACAGUAGUUCCAAUAUCUCAUACAAUGGAGACGGCAAACCGGGUUUCAUUUCGUUUUAUAAUCAACGGAAUAAAACCGAGAAUAAUAUCAUUGUCCCUCUUGAAGCCAAAAGCACAUGGGGAAGCCUUCUCUGGCUCAUUGGUCCUGCUGUCUUAGUUUCAUCUUUCAUUUUACCUCCGGUUUACUUAAGAAGAAUAGUCUCAGCAGUUUUUGAAGACUCUUUGCUCACAGACUUCCUCAUACUGUUCUUCACUGAGGCUCUCUUCUACUGUGGAGUUGCUGCUUUUCUUAUGAUAAUAGACCGUUCAAGAAAAUCAUCCGGAUUUAUUCCUCAGAACCGAACCAAUCCUUCUCAGCUAGGACAAAGAAUCUCCUCUGUAGCAACAUUAGUGCUUAGUCUUAUGAUUCCAAUGGUGACAAUGGGAUUCGUCUGGCCAUGGACUGGACCUGCAGCAUCUGCUACUCUUGCACCGUACCUUGUUGGUAUCGUUGUUCAAUUUGCAUUUGAACAGUAUGCUAGAUACCGCAAUUCUCCAUCAUCUCCUGUCAUCCCCAUCAUCUUUCAGGUAUACAGACUACAUCAGCUGAACAGAGCGGCACAAUUAGUAACAGCAUUGUCAUUUACGGUUAAAGGAGCAGAGUCAACUGUUAAUAAUCUGGCAAUCAAGAAAUCGCUGGGUACACUUUUGAAUGUGAUACAGGUUUUAGGUGUGAUUUCAAUUUGGUCUAUAUCAAGUUUCCUCAUGUGGUUAUCAUCACCUUCCCAGACCCAGUCUUGAUGUAUUAAACAGCUUUCUUGCUUUUUUACAGUCCAGUUCAAAUUUUUACAGAGAAAUAUAUAACACAUCUGUUUCAAGUUCUUUAA